AUGUCUUUCUCCUCUACUACUCCCUCAGCUAGGGCUCCGCUUGGAGGACGUACCACUGGAAACGUCUCGCAAGACCGUAUGCUCAAGAUCGUGACCGAGCAUCGCUCCGGUGCUGGAUCUGGUUUGUCACCAUUCGGAUCCAAUGCCGCUUCAACCAUCCGUGACUCUCGCGAACGUGAGAAGAAAGAGAUGAGCGAUUUGAACGAUCGACUUGCUAGUUACAUCGAAAAGGUCCGCUUCCUUGAAGCCCAGAAUAGAAAGUUGGCCGCCGAUCUAGAUGCACUUCGUUCCAAAUGGGGAAAAGACACCCAUAACAUUCGCAACAUGUACGAGGGGGAACUUGCGGAUGCUCAAAAAUUGAUUGAUGACACCAACAAGCAACGUAAGGACAUGGAGAGCCAAAUCAAGAAAAUGCAAGACGAUCUUGCUGAGAUCCGUAGAAAAUACGAGGAGGCCACCAAGGGUCGUGAACAAGACCGUGCUAAGAUCGACGGGCUUCUUGUCCAACUCUCCAACAUUGAAGCUGAGAUCAAUCUUCUCAAACGUCGCAUCGCUCAACUCGAGGAUGAAGUCAAACGCAUCAAGCAAGAGAAUCAACGCAUGCUUUCUGAGCUUCAAAGAGCCCGUACUGAUUUGGACCAAGAGACCCUCAACCGUAUUGACUACCAGAACCAAGUUCAAACUCUUCUUGAGGAGAUUGAUUUCUCUCGUCGUGUUCAUGACAACGAGAUUAAGGACCUCCAAACAUUGGCUUCCCGUGAUACCACUCCAGAGAACCGCGAGUUCUUCAAGAACGAAUUGGCUUCUGCUAUUCGUGACAUCCGUGAGGAAUACGACCAGGUCAACAACGUCCACCGAAACGACAUGGAAUCCUGGUACCGUCUCAAGGUCCAAGAGAUCCAAACCCAAUCUGCCAGACAGAGCAUGGAACAAGGAUACGCCAAGGAAGAGGUCAAGAGACUCCGUACCCAGCUUGCCGAUUUGCGUGGAAAACUCGCUGACCUUGAAAGCCGCAACUCCCUUCUUGAAAAACAAAUCCAAGAGCUCAACUACCAAUUGGAAGACGACCAAAGAUCCUACGAAGCUGCCCUCAACGACAGAGAUUCCCAAAUCCGCAAGAUGCGCGAAGAAUGCCAAGCCCUCAUGGUCGAACUGCAAAUGCUCCUCGAUACCAAGCAAACCCUCGAUGCCGAAAUUGCCAUCUACCGAAAAAUGCUCGAGGGAGAAGAAAACCGUGCUGGACUCAAGCAACUUGUCGAACAAGUCGUCAAGACCCACGCCAUCUCCCAAGAAACCGACACCGAAACGAUGAGAGUCGUUAAGGGCGAAACCGCUUCCCGCCAAUCCUUCCAACGAUCUGCAAAGGGUAAUGUUUCUAUCCACGAGGCAUCGCCAGACGGAAAGUACAUCGUCCUCCAGAAUACCCAUCGUGCCAAGGACGAGGCUAUCGGAGAGUGGAAGCUGAAGAGACGUAUCGACGGAAAACGCGAGAUUGUCUACACCAUUCCAAAAGACUUUGUCCUCCGCGCCGGAAAGACCCUCAAGAUCUUUGCACGUAACCAGGGUGUCGCCUCACCCCCAGAUCAAUUGGUCUAUGACGGUGAAGAUUCCUUCGGAAGCGGGAACAACGUCCAAACCAUCCUCUUCAACAAGGAAGGAGAGGAACGUGCAACACACAUCCAACGUCAGAGCACUGCCUAA